CGGAGGAGGUUCUAAGAUGGCGUCGCCUCCUCAGGGGGGCCCGAUGGCGAUCGCCAUGCGGCUGCGGAACCAGCUCCAAGCCGUCUACAAGAUGGACCCGCUCCGGAACGAGGAGGAGGUGAAGGUGAAGAUGAAGGAGCUGAACGAGCACAUCGUGUGCUGCCUGUGCGCCGGGUACUUCAUUGACGCCACCACCAUCACCGAGUGCCUGCACACCUUCUGCAAGAGCUGCAUUGUCAAGUACCUGCAGACCAGCAAGUACUGCCCCAUGUGCAACACCAAGAUCCAUGAGACACAGCCCCUGCUCAACCUCAAGCUGGACCGUGUCAUGCAGGACAUCGUCUACAAGCUGGUGCCUGGCCUGCAGGAGAGUGAAGAGAAGCGGAUCCGGGAAUUCUACCAGUCCCGCGGCCUGGACCGGGUGACACAGCCCAGCAGCGAGGACACGGUUGGGGGCGACCCCCUGGGUCUCCCCUAUAGCACCUUCGACCACUCCCGUGCCCACUAUUUCCGCUACGACGAGCACGUCUCGCUCUGCCUGGAGAAGCUGAGCUCCAGCAAGGACAAGGGCAAGGUCGUGCUGCAGCAGAAGUACGUGAGGUGCUCUGUGCGGGCGCAGAUCCGGCACCUGCGGAGGGUCCUGUGCCACCGCCUGGAGCUGCCGCUGCAGCACGUGCAGAUCCUGUUCAACAACGAGGCCCUGCCCGACCAGAUGACCAUGAAGCAGCUCUGGCUCUCACGCUGGUUCGGCAAGCCUGCACCCCUCCUGCUGCACUACAGCAUCAAGGACAAGAGGAGGUAGGGGCUGGGGGUGGGCGCUGCCCCCCCAGAGUGCAGCCCUUCUCCUGCCCCUCCACCCCACUCCCCCUAACUUAAUGCCCCCCUUGGUCGAGUUUAUUUUUUGAAUAAAAUGAGAAAAUCUC